AUGGCAUGCAUACCUCCAAUGUCAAAUCAUAUAACUGAUCGUAGCACUACAAACUCAUCCCUAACUGCAACGAAGGUGUCCCCUUAUCUCUCCAAAUUUCCUGAUAAACUGAAUGAAGACGAGACCAGUUUUGGACCCCCAGCAAAUGUUUCCCCCCUACAGCAGGAUACGUCAUUCUCUACUUUCGAAGUUUUACAGCUUAGCUCCUAUCCGAGCUAUUGUUCGUCAGAUGAUGACGAUGACGAAGUUUACGAUAAUUCUUGUGUCAUAUUUAAUGACGAUUCUACAGAAGAGGACAGUAACCUACCUCAAAGAAAUGAGGAUUGUAGAUUAGAAGCAAAAGAAGUGAUUAAUUCCAAUACAAUUGGUGUCACUGCUCCUAGAUUGAGUUCCUGGACGCAACACGAUGAUACGCCUUUCAGCAUAGUGGAUGGACUUUCUACGAAAUCGUUAUUUCAACGGGAUAUCCUAUCUAAUGAAUUAGAUUUAAACUAUACUUUAAACACCCCAAGUAAUACUGGCCUUGAGGAAGGGAUAACUUUACAUGAUUUAUUAAAUAUAAGUGAGUCUGACGAUAGUGUUGGUGAACCGGAAGCAGAUAGUAUUUAUUCAAUGUGGUAUCAGAGGACGAGACUACCACUUUCUUCUGCAUUCAGAUUUAAAUGCGAGGAAAGGAUGGCGGAUUGUGAGGUUGAAAAUAUGAUACAACCAUACUCAACCUAUUUUAAACGACUAUCGAAGAAAUCAAAGAUUUCUAAGAGGAGAGAUUCGCGACCUUGUAUCAGUACAAGAGAAAGGACACAUUCAGAUACUUUUCAAGAUAGAAAAGAAGUUAUAGGAAUCGGUAUGUUUGAUUCCUUUCACGAGGAAGGACCUCCAUCUGAUGAGGUUAAAGAGAUUAUUGAAGAUUCGGGAAGUGCUUUAAGGGAAUCCUUUUAA